GGGCGGCGGUGUUGGGCGGGGGGCGCGGCAUGGGGCGUGCCCAGGUGGAGGCGGCCAGCGGGCCAGGCCCCUCGGGGCGGCACCCUCCCGCCGGAGGCAGGUAGGCACUGCCCCGCUGCUGCUGCCCUCCUGCUGCUGCUGCUGGUGCUGCUGUUGCUGGUGCUGCUGCUGCUGCUGCUGCCAGCGCGGCCACCACGUGCCUCCCCUGAGGUACAGGUGGUGCUGGUGCUCCCGCCUGGGCAUGGCCGCCCCCCGCGGGGCGUGGCUCCCCUGCGCACUACCCCAGGGUCAUCAUCACUAGAGCAGCCUCCCACCAUGGCGGCAGACGGAGGACCAGACAUAAUGCCAGACCUCUCACACCUCACCGAGGAAGAACGUAGCAUCAUACAGGAUGUUAUGAGAAGACAGAAGAUUGAAGAACAGAGAGAGAACGAAUUGGUCAGAAGGAAGCAAGACGAGGUGCGGGUCCUAGAGGACACCAUACGCCUCCGCUCCGAAGUACAGAGGAAGAAAGGCUUGGAGCUCGAGGCUACCUGCCAAAUCUGUCUGAAGACCAAGUUCGCUGACGGAGUGGGCCACAUGUGCAACUAUUGUAACGUGCGCUGCUGCGCCCGCUGCGGCGGCAAGGUCUCCCUCAGGUCGAACAAGGUGAUCUGGGUAUGCAUCCUGUGCCGGAAGAAGCAGGAACUGUUGAUCAAGACUGGCACAUGGAUGAACACGGGAUUGUCACAGCACGGCGAGAUGAUGCAGCUGGAGCACGACUUCUCAGGGGAUAUGGACCAGUACCCGCGCCCUGGGUUAGGCGAACCCGGGGGACCGCGGAGAGAGAAACACUACCAUAGAGACUAUCGCCUCCCUAAGGAUGAGAUUCGGGACUAUGGGUUAGGGAACCAUAGGGACCUGGAGUCCUUUCCCAGGGACCUAGCCGACAAAUAUAGGGACAGAUAUAACCAAUAUCUUAACCGACUUGAAAGAACUUACCAUAAUCAAGUAAGUGAAGAAUAUUGUGAUAAUAGGGCGACUGAUAGCAGAAACUACACAGAACGAAGAAAGAAAACUGUGCGUUUUAACUCCGAAGGCUGGGACACUUUGGAGGAGGAGCUGGAGCCGAGUGUGGACCCAAGGUGGACUAGUGCCUCUAGUGUUUAUUACGAGGAGGAUCUACCCAGGCCGCCCCUCGGGCUGGGUAUCCCCCGUGACCUGGCACUAGGGCGUCGCCUGCCCCAGUGGUCGGGUGGGCGGGAACUACCGCUACCUGCUGCCAGGAAGGAACUAUGGGAGGCGGAACGUCAGGAAUCACAGGACUCCCAGACCAAAGAUAGCGGCAUAGACUCUGGUACAAGUAGUAACUUUAACUCCAGCGAGGACUCGAGCAAAGGAGAAGUGCCGAGAGUGUACAGAGCACCAGCAGACAUGGCACUGUUUGUCCCUGGCGAGGCUGUGACGAAGGCCACCUUGAGACUUGAUCACCUGAACACUGUCCAGCCAUCCGCCAGCAGCUGGGUGUGUGCACCUGUGCUCUCGGGCACACCUGUACGUGAAACCUUGUGUACCUGGCUAAGCUCACUAGUACCGCCCGAGAUGUUAGAGAGAGCGUGUUGCCAUCUUCACCAGCAUCCGGUAUCGUGGCAGCCAAGCCAAGAUGGGAUGAGGUUGAUUGGACACAUGCUGCUCAACAAAUACAUGAAGGGAGAGGUUGGUCCUGCCUCGAGCGCCGCUAUCUUGGGUCUCAAGGUGGGUGGAGGCAAGAUACUUGAUGGAGGCAAGAUUGGAGCUCUCAUUGAGAAGGUUAAGAAAGGAAGCAUAGCAGAUACUGUUGGCCACCUAAGACCAGGGGACGAAGUGUUAGAAUGGAAUGGGCGCUCGCUGCAGGGCAAGACCUACGAGGAGGUUUACGACAUCAUUGCCGAGUCCCGUCAGGAACCCCAGGUCGAGCUUAUCGUCUCCAGGCAGCUCUCAGACGUGGGCAGACAACCCAUACGGCGGCACACGCAGGCCGGUCUAUCCUCCAAAGGUGAGACGUACGAGCACAGGAAGUUGUCUGAGCCAAGUCGUGACCGUCGGCCGAGUGUUACUAUCACCUCCCCCGGCUCACCUGAGACAUACCGGAUACGAACCCACUCUCCUUCCAUCAUAGGCAAACUUCAGGUGAAGCUAUGGUUCGAGCCAGUGAACCAGCAGUUGGUGGUGACUAUCGUGGGUGCUGCCGACCUGCCGCCCAGACACACAGGAGCGCCCAGGAACCCUUAUGCCAAGAUGUUCCUGCUACCUGAUAGAAGCGAAAAGUCGAAGCGACGAACAAAAGCUAUCGCCAACAGCCUGGACCCGCGGUGGAACCAGACGUUCGUGUACUGCCCACUGCGUCGCGCGGAGCUGAAGUCUCGCUCGCUGGAGAUCACCGUCUGGGAUUACGACCGCUACGGCGCCAACGACUUCCUUGGCGAGGUGGUGGUGGACCUUAAUGCCGCACCUCUGGACGACGAGGCGGAAUGGUACUACCUGUCUGCCCACGACGACCCCCUCCCCCCACAUAUGCGUCGCAGCAUGUUCGUGGACACGGAGUCAGCCUCGACUAUAGCCUCCACGGACCACCUCUCCCCGCCCUCCACCACCAAUUCCCGCUUGAGCGAGUCUGACAUGAGUGACCUUGACCCCGAGGACGGGUCAUUGCACCGCGAGCGACGUACCGACGGAGCCUCCAUCAGCAGCGUCGGCUCCUCCUCCAGUCCGCCUCCGGAGGAACGCCCGAUGGUGGAGCACCGCUCGCGGCGUGACGACGCGAGGUACCAGGCCAAAGACCUCAGCCUCCCCGCCAACACGCGCGCGAGGAGCCAGUCUGCCGCACCCACAGAUUCCCCGUCUCUUCACGUCUCUCGAUCGCGCAGCAAGUCUCCCCGGCGCGCCCCUGAGCCAGCUAGUCGCUCCCUCUCCCCUCCUGAAGCAAGGCCUGGGUACGGUGGGUCCGGCCGGAUGCCUUCCAGGAGUGCCACGGCUACCCCAACCGGCUCGCCCAAGAAGAGGCAACUGCCCCAGAUACCCAUCUCUCUCCAGCAGGUCUCCAGGGAUAAGGUGACGCAGCAUUCCUACAUGGAGCGAUCGCCUCAGGAACUGGAGGACCGCGCGCGGCAGGUGAAGCUCCGGAUGCGGCAGAUGCAGGCGUACAGGUCUGCGGGAAGUUCUGGACCCGCUGCGCACCUUCAUUCUGGUUACUCCGACUCAGAGCUACGCACAUAUGACAGCAGGUACUCGAGGGGUCGAGGGGGACUCAUCUCUCCAGAGAGAGACCAGGAGCGCGACUACGGGGACUCCGCCAGUGAUAUAGAGAGUGUGGUCAGUGCCUUCUCCACCCAGAGUGAAAGGCCACGAGGCUCCAGGAAGAUAAGUAGGCGGCACCUGAGUAGCUUGAAGAGCGACACUCAUGGCUGUGACGGUACCUUGGACCAGUCCCCACUGGCGACUGACUUUGACACUGACUACAACCACCAUAUGGGUCGGGACCCGUCUUGUAGCUUGCUUGACAUCUCUAUGCGCUCCCUCAGCCCCAUACGCCCACCCCCUGUGCUCAAGCGUUCUCUUUCUAUGGGCGUGGCUGCGGGCGUAUCCAGGAGCGCCCCUCAUCUGGCCGUGCGCCGGCGACAGCAUCCGCUACCGCGAGCUCUGAUGCGCAGCAAUACUGUGGUCAGCGUGGCGCAGGAGCAGGAGCAGCAGCAGCCUCGCGCGAAGCAUCGUCUACAGAAGAGUCGCAGCCUGGGAGAGAACGACCGUCGGUGGUUCGUUCCUCACGACCCUGAGACAGAUUACUGGGGAGUAGGUCAUGCACUGAGGGAGGAGGGUCAUAGAGUUCGGUCUAGGUCUCUGACCCGGGACGAUCUGGUGCUGCGAACUCACCCUAAAAAGACCGUCACGUACGAGGAUGAAGUUCUGUCCAAACAAAGGGUCCAGGACCCUUCUGCCAUGUCACGAAGCUCACUUUCAAUUGAUAAAUCAGUGCCUUAUGAGUCAGAUUUAGUGGUAAGGGAAGACAUGCAGGACUCCUAUAUAAGUAAGUCUCGGGCUCCUCCUGACGGUUACAGCCAGGCUCAAAACCCGGAGGCGGCGGCGCCUACGCCCGAAAGCCUCCGGUCUAUGUACCGCCGGAGGAGCUCCACUCGCCUCGCAGACGGUCACAGCGCGGGAACUUACUACGGGUACGAUUCUGAUUACAGCGGGGCAGAGACGGAGGUCUUUCUUCCGGACCGCUCUCUGGACCGCUCCUUCAGUUUAGAGCAGGUGGAUCAGAGAGACCUGAAUCCAGAGUUCAGUAGAGUAGACCAGCGAACACUGGGACAGCAGGGCCGUGCUAUGACGGAUGAGUUCCUCGCUAAAUCGCUACAAGACAUGCACGAAGGAUGUAGCCAGACGCUUCCAAGAGCUCGGCGCCCAACUACUGCCUCACAGCCUCGCAGGACAUUUAUUAGAGCAAACACUGAGAGUUCUCUUUUGAGGGAUCCGAGUAAAAGCCUUCAGUUAGAGAUGAGUUGGAAACCGUCCAGAGAAGAGCGGGAGCGUAGGUAUAGUGUUCUUCGCGAAUCUAUUGUGGAUGAGGCGCCUCUGGAAGACAGGAGAUUGUUGGAAGAUAUAAGACCUCUAGAAGACAGGAGACCGAUUGAAGACAGAAGACCUCUAGAGGACAGGAGACCGCUGGAAGACAGAAGACCAGUUGAAGACAGAAGACAACUUGAGGACAGACCACUGGAGCCGAGCAGAAGUCUUCAUGUGUAUGAAGGUGGCGGUGCACAGAAAUACGAGCCAUGCAGCUCCGAAGAUGUAUUUGUUCCUAUGGAACAGAGGAGGCGCGAUGCCACUCGACCUAUGGACGACAUCGAACGAUACCCUGAAGGCGCCCCACACGACUACGACAACAAUUACGACGCUCAGCAGGCGGAGGAGCAAAAAUAUCACGAACAGAGAAGGUACAGCAGAUCUGCCUUGGGGGAUCAAGGCAGACGCAGAGAACACGACGUUAUAGAUGAGAGAAGGUAUCACGAGCCGGAAACAACAGACGAGAGGAGACAUCGAGACCAGGGUCCUGUUGAUGAUGGGAGAUAUCGAGAACAGGACCCAAGAGACUCAGUAGAUGAAUGUAGGUAUUUAGAGCAAGAAAGAAGAGAACUUAGAGAUGGGAGAAAAUAUCGAGAACCAGAGCCACCAGAUGACAAUAGAUAUAGAGAAUUAAAUCCAAGAGAGUCAGUAGAUGAAGGCAGGUUUCGAGAGCCAGAACCAAGAGACCCAGUAGAUGAAGACAGGUAUCGAGAGCUAGACCCAACAGAUGAAGGCAGAUAUAGAGAGCUAAAUCCGAGAGACGCAUCAACUGAAAUUAGGUUUCGAGAACCGGACUCAAGAGACUCGUUAGAUGAUGAGAGAUAUCGCGAGCCAGACCCGAGAAUCCCGGUAGAUGAGGGCAGGUAUCGAGAACAUGAACAGAGAGACCCAAGAGACAUUGACCCUAGAGAUUUGAGAGACCUGCGAGGUGAAAGAAGGUAUCGGGAGCAAGAUCCAAAAGACGAGGGGAGAUAUCAUGAUCACGACCCCAGAGACGAUGACAGGUACCGUGAACAUAUCUUCAUCAACAGAGACAGGUACCAGGAACCUCUGCCUGUGACGAGAGGUAGGUAUAGGGAUGACCACCACCUAGACGAAGAAAGAUACAGGGAACAUGAUGCGGGGGUCGAGGCCAGGUACAGGGAACAGGGCGCAGUGCAGAAGCAGAGGCACAGGGAACAAGGGGCCAUAGAAAAGGAGAGAUACAGACGCCAGAGUACAGUGACUGCUGAUGCAAGUUACAGAGGGUACAGAGACCAUGCCUCCGUGGAUAGAGAGCGCUACAGAAGCUCUCUCUCGCUGGACCAUGUUAGGUACAGGAACCAGGGGCCAGUGAAGAUCGAUGUGUACCGAGAGGGCGACGAAUAUGAGCGAGGCUAUCGCAGAGGCCCUCCUCCCGAGGGCUACAGUGAGGUCGAUGCCAGGAGGUACUACGACAUUAAGAACAGCAGAAAGGACCUGAGAGAUCGAAAGAUUUACAUCCUUGAUGGUCACUUUGUAGAGCCUUACGAGGGAGAGAAAGGCAGGUACAGAGACCCUCACCACGCCCAGGACCCUCGAUGCAGCAAACGGUACCCCGCCGCUGCCGACUACGACCCCAUCUUCACGUACCACGACCCUCGGAGACCGCAAGACCGACGCGACAGUGCUUCUCACCCGCACCCCCCGCACCCUCACGACCUCGCUCAUGCACACGCCCACCCUACUGUCAUCACCCACGCCCACCCUUCUAACACCACCCACGCCCACACGUUUAAUACCCACGAGACUUUUGCAGACCCAUCCUAUAAUGUAGCAGAGUCCCGUCCUCAGUACCUCACUGACGCAGACGUAGUUGAAGGAGAUAUCCCUGACACAGACAGACCCUUAACAUCCCGAGUUCGCCACAGUUCCUCAGUUAGUAUUAAUGAGCACCCUGAGUACUUUGAAUUUGACGCCAAUAGUCCCCCUAGUACGGAGCCUCGCGCAGACGCUGAUGUAGACCCUUCUUCUAAUCCUGCUAGUGAGUUUAGCCAACGGAUCACCGCCUAUGGGCCCGCGGGAGGCAGCUACGGCGGGGCAAGUAAACGCGGUCAGCUGGGCAGGAGCCUCUCCACCAGCGAGGUCCCCGAGACGGAAAAAGCUGAGGAGGAAGGUGAGGGAGGAGGAGACAAACCCGAAGGCGAAGGGAAAGAAGAAAGCGUGAUUGAGGAAGUGGAGGGAGUAGUGGAGGAAAGUGGCGAAACGAAAGAGGGCUGUGAGGAGGGCGAGGUGGUGGAGGAGGAAGAGGUGGAGGAGGAGGAUGAGGUGGAGGAGGAGUGCCCCGAGGGAGAGUGCAGCGCAGAGGGUUCCACCACCCCCCCUGAGGCCGUGGCAGGAGUCUCCAUCAUGGACUCCCUCGACGUCAAGUUGGAUGGAAGCCUGAGUGACUCUGCCACGGGGAUGCUGUCGGUGGAGAACAAGGAGCGUGGCAGGAGGAGCGGCGGCGGCGGCGGAGGCGGAGGCGGCAAGCAGGGUCAGACGUUAGGUCUGUCCAAGAAAUCUUCCUCAACUUCCAAGCUCUCUGAUACUGGUAGGCCGGGUCGAAAACGGAAAUUAGGCUUUCGGAAAAAGUCUAGAAGCCAAAUAACGGUACAUCGGAGCGAGGAGAUCCUACCGACGGGGUCGCGGCAUCUGAUGAGACAGAGUUCCAGCCAGAGUAGUGAGGAAGCUGACGGGGAUGACAGCCGCGUACCAUCUAUGCGUCUGGGCACUGAUGGGCAGCUGAGUGAGUUCAUAGAGGGUCUGGGACCUGGGCAGUUGGUGGGGCGGCAAGUGCUAGCGGCGCCGGCGCUAGGCGACAUCCAGUUGUCUAUGUGCGAGCGCAAGAACAAGCUGGAGGUGGAGGUGAUUCGUGCCAGGGGCCUCCAGUGCAAGACGGGGUCUCGAGUCCUACCCGCUCCCUACGUGAAGGUGUACCUGGUAGCAGGGAAGAAGUGUGUGGCCAAGGCUAAGACAGCCACAGCUAGACGAACCCUCGACCCCCUUUACCAGCAGCAACUUAUCUUCCACGAGAGGUACCAGGGGUGUGUCCUCCAGGUGACGGUGUGGGGAGACUACGGCAGGAUGGAGGGUCGCAAGGUCUUCAUGGGUCUGGCCCAGAUCAUGCUGGAUGACCUUGACCUCACCAACAUCGUCAUCGGCUGGUACAAACUCUUCGGCACUUCUUCCCUCGUCUCCCUCCCUGCCCUCACCCGCCGGGGAUCAAUGGCCAGCCUCGACAGCUUCGGGUAAAAGGGGGAGGGGUGGGAAGAACGGAAUCUUCCCCCCACACAUUCCCUCCCUUUUUUUAACCCCCCACCCACCCACACCACCUCCCCCUCCACAAAUCUCGCCCCUUAACGGAGGCAAGCGCCUAUGGGAUCAAGCACGUCUGUGCCUGCCUCACCAGCCCUUCGUCUAUAAUGCAGAACGUUCAACGACAUUUGCAGUGUUGCUAAACAAGCAGUGUGUGAGACUUUACGUUGGGUGGUCUCUGUUUUUUUUUUCCGUCUCUGUUUUCCAGACUGGAUCUGACACUUGACUGCUUGUGUUGCAAAAAAAUUUUUUUUUUGCAGUAUUGCAUUAUUAAAAAAAAUAAUGAGGCUCAAAAGACAUCAUGGAGUUGCCUGAGUAAGGACGCUGGUGGACGUCCUGAGUAAGGACGCUGUUGGACGUCCUGACCCGCGGUGAUUGUGACACUUGUGUAUCCCGCAAGUUCUCUUCCCCCCUCCCCCUCGUCCCUCCCAGUUCCCUGCAGGUGCGGCAGCUGUUCCAGGGGUCCAGGAGGCGGGCCCCGGCGGGCACACGGGUACCAACAGGCCGUCGGGGCCACACCACCCAUUCUGGGGCCCACCAGCCUGCGGCAGGCGGCCAGGGCUGCAACCACCAGCCUGCGGCAGGCGGCCAGGGCCGCACCACCAGCCUGCAUGCAGCAGGCGGCCAGGGCCGCGAGAAUAUCCUGCGGCAGGUCUGCACACCCAUCACUCAAGAGUGCACCUCACACUUCCGAAGUUCCCAUCAAAGUGGACUCUCUCCACUUGAUUGCCUUGAGAGCAGUUUUUUUGUACAUGCCGCAGUAUCAGAACAUAUUCCACUUCUCCGGUCUGCCCUGCCUCGCUUUAGAAGGCAGGAAGACCAGUGUCACAGUGCUUUGUGAUUUUGACUAAGUGCUUUAAAUAAUAUUACAGAAUAGUUUUAAUCAUGUGUGGACGUUUGCUCCAUAGUUUGCCUAACCUUUCUAGUUUCCAAUACUAAGAUGGCCUCUUGUAGUCCAACACUGUGGCUCAUAAAUCUCCCCUCCCUCCCUCCCUCCCUCCCUCCCCAUAAUCAACCCCCUCCCAUUCUCUCUGUCUCUCCCUCCCUCCCCACCCCUCCACCACAACUCGACAUUUCCUCCCUCCUCACCCCCUCUGCCCCCCCUCUCCUCCCUGGCCCCUUUCUACCUUUUUGCUUGGUAUUGUCUACACCCUAUCUACUCACCGAUACUCACUAAACAAGUACCUCCUCUCCCUCCGUUCUCGUAGCCUGUACACCCACAUCAGUGGUCUAUACGACACAAGGCGCUGUCUCCCGUAGCGCGGACCCACAACAUGCCCGCUAGUGGACACUCAGCGUACAUCCUUGGUCAUGAAUACAAUUUUCUCUCUUCCCCU